AUGUACGGAACAAGCGAAGAAUUUCACGCUUCUUCGGAGAGCUCCGCCUCUAAUGUGCAGCGGGGACGGCGUCGCUCGAGGUCAGGGCUCGAAAGCAGCGUUCCCGGUCAGUACCGUGCACAGUUCCGAAGGUUGGAGAGGGCACCGCAGAGGGCAAUGUGGACCCUUCACAGUGCUGUGGAGGACGUGCUGCUGGAGGGAGUAGAUGUUACAGAACGAAUGACGCUAAACGACUUCAUCAGGAGGUACGUUGAUCCCGAUUUCGUGCUCGAAGGCCGCAAUGUAAUGAUGGGGGUGUUUGCUCGUAGGCCUGAGGAUUGCAUCAGUGACGAGCGGCUCCUACGAAGA